AUGAUUCCUAAAGCAUUCUGUUUCUUUAUUAUUCUCCAUUCAUGCGUCGCAUCCAUUUUCGAUCGCAACUUCACAGCUCCUUAUGUCUUGAAGAAGAAAUGGGUUCAGAACUUCAUUAAGUUCGAAUACACAUUUGAAGGAAAGAGGGCGAAAAUUACUCCUAUCGGAUGUGUCCCUUCCAAUACCGAAGAUGGCGCUGUCUUGGCUUCGGGUGAGCAGUUCAGAGGACACGACUUCGUGUUCGCCUGUGCUGAAGGAGAAGAUGGAGUCCUCAACUAUGAAGCCAUCGCUUGCGUUGAUGCCUACGGAAGUCAAAUGGGAAUUGGUGAGACUAGGAAGCUCAGUAACGGAACCGCAGUGAUGCACUGUAACAUCUUCGGUGGAGCUCUAAAGAAAGUUGUUGAGAGAGCCGCUGGAUGUUAUUUCAACGAGAGCAUUUAUGGAGAAGACCAGCAGUGGGUAGAACCUAUCGUCAAAGAAUUCAGAUUGAAACAAUUAACAUCAUCCGAUAUGUCUGAUGUCACUUUGUCUGGACGUUUGAUGCAAUGCUUCAGACCUCAUUUCAGCUAUUAUGAGAGUCAUGUUAUUGGAUGCGUUGUCGAUAGGUUAGGACUUCGUAUUGGUGAAUUCGCUGAAUACAACGGAACAUUCAUUAAAUGCGUUGAAAAUGAGCUGGGACAGGUCUCUAUUGAACGGGCUGAAUUAGAAAGUUUAUCCUGUGAAGUAGAUGGUAGACAGUUCCCUCAUGACUCCAAAUGGAACGACACAAAACGAUCAGCAGAAAUGUAUUGCAGCUACAAUCAUGUGAUCAAAAGAGGUUGUCUGGUUGAUAACCAAGUUGUGGGAAUUGGCCAGGAACUUAAGAUAUCCAAUGGUUGUAUCUACUUGUGUCAUCCUCAGACGAAUGUCUACAUCUGCGAUGAGGCUCUGGGUGAUUUCAAAAUAAUCGAUGAAGACGUUGACAUCAAAGAUAAACUAAUGAUCUGA